CUGGAGCUACAAAGUCUCUUUUUCCUCUCCUGUCAGGAUGGGUGUGAUACGGCCUCCCAACUUGUCUAGGAUCCUGUGUUUUUCUUUUCACAUUAUCCUCAUUCUGCUUCAACAGACUACUACAGCACGAGAACUGAAGUUUGUGGUGGUAGUUUUCCGACACGGUGACCGAACACCAAUUGUGAACUUUCCAACUGAUCUACACAAAGAAAGUGAAUGGCCCCAGGGAUUUGGACAGCUCACCAAGACUGGAAUGCAGCAGCUAUUUGAACUUGGACAGUACAUGAGGAAACGCUAUUCCAGCUUCUUGAACAGCACAUACAACAGGCAAGAGUUUUACAUCCAAAGUACAGAUUAUGAUCGCACCAUUAUGAGUGCCCAGUCAUAUCUUUCUGGCCUCUUUCCACCAACUAGCAGCCAAAUUUGGAACCCUGAGCUUCUCUGGCAACCCAUUCCAGUCCACAUUUUUCAAAAAACAGCAGAGCUGAGGCUGAACUUCCCUCUGCCCAACUGUCCCCGUUUUGAUGAACUCCAGCAUGAAACACAAACAUCUAAAGAAUUUCAAAGUAGAAUACAACCAUACAUGGAUUUUUUGCAAACAAUGGCAGUUAACACAGGGCUUGAACUAAAUCACCUUAAAAUACUGGACAAUUUCCAGCUCUGGAAUACAUAUGACACUCUCCAUUGUGAGGAUAUUCAUAAUUACACUCUUCCUGUAUGGGCCACUAAAGAUGUAAUCAACAAGAUGGAAAAACUGGCAGAAUUGGCUUUACUCUCAUUAUUUGGGGUUUAUAAAACAGAAGAGAAAUCACGACUACAAGGAGGUGUCCUUGUGAAUAUUAUUUUAAACAGUAUUAAACAAGCUGCCAAUUCUUCAAAACCAACAAAAAUGGAGGUCUACUCUGCACAUGACACCACAGUUGGGGCUCUCCAGAUUGCUCUCAAUAUUUUCAAUGGAAAACUGCCACCAUAUGCUGCUUGCCAGUUUUUUGAACUCUACCAAGAAAGCAAUGGGCAAUAUAGCAUUGAAAUGCAUUAUCGGAACGACACUUCAAAGGAUCCUUAUCUCCUCACUUUGCCGGGGUGCACCUCUUCUUGUCCACUUGAGAAGUUCGCUGAACUAGUUUCUCCUGUGAUUACAGAAAACUGGUCAAAAGAAUGUGGGAAGAAAGACAAAAUGAAAGAUAUUUUUAUUGGAUUUAAUGUUGCUGUUGGCCUGUUGUCCAUUUUUAACCUUGUACUGCUCUACCUCCUUUAUCAUUAUGGACGCUGCAGGAGUAGAAACAGCUACCAAGACAUUUAAAGUGGAGGUAAAAAAGUG